CCCAGUCGCCUCUCCUCUCCUCUCCCCUCCCAUUACUCCGAUCCCCAAAUCGGCAAACCCUAGAAGAGAUCAGGAAUCACAAUGUUGGAUCAGUGGCUGCCAUCGACUUUGGCCUCCAUAUUUGGCUGGUUCACGCCCACCGUCCUCUUCGUCCUUGUCAACAUCGUCAUCGGCACCAUCGCCAUCGCCUCCAAGUUCUCCUCCCACCACCACCACCACCACCACCACAACCACAACCAGGCGUCCGCCCCGGCGCUCGAUGAGGUCGCGGCAGCCUAUCCCGGGGGCUACCUCUUCCGCUCCCUUUCCCGUUCCCCAUCCCUCGUCCUCGACCGCCUCCGCUCCUUCAACCUCAACCGCCACGUCGUCGAGCUCUCCCCUCCCCUCGAGGAGGACCAGGCGCCGCAUUUGGGCGCCAAGGAGAAGGAGGAAGAGGCGGACGACGAGCACCAGCUGCAUCUGGAUCGGAGCCAGUCCGACGCGCAUCCGACGGGCGGGGAGAUGCCGCCGAAGCUGGCGGUGAGAAUAAAGAAGUCGGCCAGCGAGAAGUCGCCGUUCGCACACUUCGAGGAGACGGAGAUCGAGAAUGCAGCUGCAGCCUCGAGAGAGGCCGCCGAUCAGGUGGAAAACGACGGCGUCGGGGGCGGCGAGGUGGACGCGCGGGCGGACGACUUCAUUAACCGGUUCCGGCAGCAACUGAAGCUGCAGCGCCUGGACUCAAUCUUAAGGUACAAGGAGAUGCUUGGCCGUGGAUCCACCUAGAGAACAAGAUUACUACUAGAAUGAGUACUAGAAUUAGCGUCUGUCAAUUUCGUUGUGCGUCCUGUUGCUCAGAACGUCCUUGCGAUGCAUUAGUUUUAGGUUUGUCUGAUGCAUUUGGUAUUUUUAUUUCUAGUGUCGUUUGUUAUUAUUGUUAUUAUUAUUAUCAAAAGUUUUUGUGCUUCA